AUGGUAUCUUGUCCACUUCUUGCAGAGACCAUUGAGCCUUAUCCUGCUUUACCAUACGUCCGUCCUCCCGUGACCAUUCAUUGCUGUGAAUGGACCUGCGAUUUCGCCGUCCUCGCUUUCCAAUGUUCCUGUGAUUGCUGGAUUAAUGUACGUGUGUUUCGUAAUGGCACUUUUUUAUUUCACUCAAACCCAGACACGACACCACAACGUCCCAAUGUGGAGACAAACUGGCUCGCACACGACCACCUACUCAUCCGCUGCACGUGUGCACUUUGCAACACGGGCUGUCGUUUCAGUGUCACGGACAAGUUUUCGAAGUUGAAGACAAGAGACAAAGAAUGGUACUUCAUCAGUGCCAUGGAUAAGAAGCACGACACGGGUACUAGAAUGAGUCGAAAAUCAAAGGAAGGAUACUGGAAAGCAACUGGAAAAGACAGGGAAGUCCAUGGAGGAGAUCAGUUGAUCGGUAUGAUAAAGACUCUUGUGUUUCACAAAGGCCGUGCUCCAGAGGGUCGACGAACUGAUUGGGUGAUCCAUGAGUAUGGCCUUGUCGAAAAUGAACCAGAAAUGAAUGAAGCCCCUCAGAUGACAAUGGCAACAACGAGAUUCAACAGGUUUGCCCUUCGUGUGGCAAAGGAAGUGCCACAAGAGAGUUUUAUUGACCUUAACGAGCUCCCAAGAGAGUUUGAGAUCGAUGACGAUCCCAUAACAGAUUAUACACACCAGAAACAAUAUCAUGACAAUCACAAUGAGGACGAUGAUAUUGAGUCACACAAGAGUAAAUAUGUAGCAGAAGCUCUUCCUCUUUGUCUCCUCGACAAAGAAGCUCCAUUGCCUCCCAAACAAUACAAACGCAGACGCAACUCUAGUGGAAAUUACUCCAAUAAAUCAAGUCACACCACUCAAGACCAUGAUUCUUCCACAACAACAACCGUAGAAACUACCAACAUCACAGUAUCUUCUUCUGCUUUAACCGACAAAGACACUGUCACCGCGCUACUCGAGUUAGCCCUCCCUGGUUGUUCCGAAAAGAAAAUGAAUCUGCUGGUGAAGAAGAAAGAACAAGAACAAGUUGCUACAAUGGUGCCUGAAGCAAGCUCAUCACCCACCAAAUCGUUGAAGCUUGAUUUGAUGAAGGCAGAAACAAGGAUAUAG